AUGUCCAUUUCCUCGCCCAGCACGUCGCAUUUUGAGAUCGGUUGUACCUCUGCGUGCCCGUCUUUUUUUUCGUUCGGUGGGAUUGUAAUUGACAAGAAGCUGAUCAAGCAGGAUAUUCGGUCUUUGUUUCUGCUAUACAUUUCUUUAAAUACCACAUCAUUGGAGACGUUUCGGGAUCUUUGGUACGAGCGAGGCUUUUCGUUAAUUCAUUACAUAUGCACUCAAAGAGAUUCAAAGGAUCUAUUUCUGGAAUACAUUUAUAGCGUGAUCCUCUCGUAUUUUCUGGUGUCUCCUACAUCGUGCGGACGUGCCGGUGUUGUUUAUGCCCUGUACUUGCUGAGAGAAUCAGAGCCCCUGAAGGGAUCUAUAUCUCAGACCCACAUUCCCAUUCCAAUAAUCAACACCGUGAUGUACAACGAACUCAAGGAAUCAUACCAAGUCUUUUCGACAGAAGGAUUGAUUGAGCCGCUUUUGGUUCUGCGCUAUUUGUUCAAAAACGAUGCCUUUGGCUAUAUUCAAAACCGCAGCACUUUAUUUGACAUUGAGGAUUCCGGCUCUGAUCUGUCGCAAAAUUUGCUUUCUCCCACGACUUUGGACGAUCCACGGUAUUUUGAUGACAAUUUAUUGGUUGUGGAGACCUCUGAUGUAGAAUUUUUUGAAACCUCCGGUGCAAUGUACACGCUACUAAAAAAGGAACUUGCCACGUUGGUUCCCACUGGUGAGCUUCCCCACGAGCUUGCUUUAUUUGACUCUUCGCUCGUUUGCAAGUUGAGGUUAUUGAAAAAGUCGGACCAAUGA